CAUGGCGAUUGUUAGGGUUUUAGUUCGGCACUCCAUCCAUCGAAUUCCAUUCAAAACUUCUCGAGUUUCAUCGUCUCCAUUUUUAGGAGUUCAAUCUUUCUCCAAAGCUGCUAAUCUUUCUGGAAUAAUCCCGUUGGAAUUCACUGGAAUUCCUCAAUCCUCAGAUCGGACCUUAUUUUCGAAUCUUUUGCAGAGGUUCGGGUUCCCGCAAUCCCAAUCCUACGAGUUUGUUCAAAAAAAUCGGUUUUUGUUGGAUGGUUCCUGCGCUUCAGAUGUUGAGAAAUGUGUUGAGAUUCUCUUGUCCUUGGGCUUUCUCUGAUAAAUCCCUUGUAUCGAUCCUCUCUUGUAACCCUAGACUUUCUGGAGUUAGGGUUUCUUGAGAAAAUGGCAAUUAGGGGUUUAUGGAAAUGGGGUUUCAAACAAUUCCACCUUCUUUAGUUCAGAAUGUUCUUGAACAAGCCGGAAGGUUCCAUUUUGAGCCAGAAGCCCUCCGUUCCAUGGUAUUGGAACUGAGAAAUUUGGGAUUCAGUGAUGAUACUGUGAUUAGGGUAUUGCAACGUUGGCCGUUGGUUUUUCUCAGAGCUUCAGUGCAUGUAAGCAAUAAAGUUGAGUUCUUGAAGGGAUUUGGGUUGAAAAACGCUGAGAUUGAUCAUAUCUGCCAUGCUUAUCCAGAUUUCUUAGCAUUUGGCAUUGAGAAUAGAUUGAAACCUUUGUUUGAGGAGUUCAGAGAUCUCGGAUUCAGCCGGAAUGAGGUCUGGAAGGUGCUAAUGAAGAACCCGAGGCUUCUUCUUGGAAUGGAAGUCGGAGAAUUGUCUCGCUGUGUGGACUUGAUCAAGAGCUUGAAAUGCAGAAUGGCAAUCAAAUUGAAGAUUUUAUCCAAAGGUCCUCUCAAUGCUGCCAUUGAUACGAAACUCAGAGUGGACUGUUUGUGCAGGCAUGGGCUGAUACGAAGAGACGCCUUCAAAGUUUUGGCUGUUGAGCCAAGGUCAAUCUUGUAUGAAUUGGAGGAUGUAGAAAAGAAGAUCGAGUUUUUAUUGGACAAGCUUGGAUUUAGCAUUGAAUGUCUCGCGGAAUGUCCCGAGUAUUUGGGUGUCAAUUUGAGAAAGAAGAUAAUGCCGCGUUACAAUGUUGUUGAACAUCUCAAGUCCAAGGGUGCUCUUGAAUUUGAGGUAGGAUUGAAGCAUCUGGUAAAGCUCAGUAGGCACAAGUUCUACAAUUUGCUUGUGAAGCCGUACCCAGAAUGUGAAGAGAUGUUCGGGGGACUAAAGAAAGAAGUACAAGUUAAAGCCAGACAUCCGGCAGGAUUGUGGAAGCUGUUUAAGCCACCAAAGUUCUCCAAUUCGGCGGAGGAUGUGAGGAACAUGAAGUUGUUCAUGGAGUCUCUAUUUUAGCUAGAAAUUGAUAUUUCUGAGAUAUGGCAUUGAUCGGAACAUGUUACGAUCCAAGUGUUACUGAUUGAAUGAAUUCUAAGGUGACUUCUGGAACAUGAGUUUCAGUUGAGGUGUGCAGUAGAAUUGCUCUUACUCCUCCUGAUUAAGGGAAUGGUCGGAGGAUGCGCGAAACAAUUGUUUUGUUUACGAGGCCUUUGAUCUGUCAAGAAAUCCAGAUUUAUGCGGGAGAUCAAAGAAUAUCAGUUCAUCACAAUGUUUGGAGAUUUGCAGCAGAAUGUCUGCACUCCUGAAGUGAAUCUCUCAUCUGUGGUAAUCUGUUUAUUGAAUGUCAAAACAACUUGAAUUUUUUCUAUUUUUCAGAAUCUAUAGUUCAUUUUUGUGAAAUCAAAAAUUAUAAUAGAAAUCGAAAUAUGGAUGUGCGUUUGUCUUA